AUGGACGAUUUGGAAAAGACAGUCGUCAUCCUCCAACAACGUAUCCAGCACCUCCUCCAUCAAAAAGAUGCACGGAGCCGCAUCCUCAUUGCUCUGGCGGGCGUUCCCGGAUCCGGCAAAUCCACCGUCACCGACGCUCUUCUCAGAGCCAUCGGUAAGACGGAUGGUUCCAUGGCCAAUACAUCUGUUCUUCCCAUGACACAGGACGGCUUCCAUCAUACAAAAGCCAAACUAUCAACCUUUGACGACCCAGACUACGCUUUCCAUCGCCGAGGCGCGCCCUUCACCUUCGACGUGGAAGCCUUCAUCAGCCUGGUCAUGAGGCUGAGGGACACGCCCGUGACGGACUGCGACGAGCCUGAGGUCGUCAUCACAGCACCCAGCUUCGACCACGCCAUCGGCGACCCGAUACCCGACGCCAUCUCUAUCUCGUCCCGGUGCAGGGUCGUCAUCGUGGAGGGGAACUAUACCCUUCUUGAUCAGGAUCCGUGGAGGAGGAUAGCCGAAGUUGUUGAUGACAAAUGGUUCGUCGACAUACAACCCGAAGUGGCGAGGGAGAGGCUCUCGCGUCGACAUUUGCAAGCCGGCAUCGAAAAGACCCCGGAAAAGGCCCGUCAGCGAGCUGAGGAGAAUGAUCUCCCCAAUGGGGAGAUGAUUCGUUCUCAUCUCAUUCGUCCAGACAUCCGGAUCUUCAAUUGA